AUGUCCCUCCCUGCGGAACUCGAUCGGCCGCUCGACGUCCUCCUCAUCGACAACUUCGACUCCUUCACCUGGAAUCUCUACCAGUCGCUCUGUCUCCUCGGCGCAGAUGUCACCGUCAUUCGCAACGACGCCAUCACCCCCGACGCCCUUCCCAGCCUGCAAAUCCGCUCUCUCAUCAUCUCCCCGGGCCCAGGCCACCCCUCCACCGACUCGGGCAUCUCCCGCGACGCUAUCCGAUUCUUCACCGGCAAGGUCCCCGUCCUCGGCGUGUGCAUGGGCUUGGAGUGUUUGGUCGAUGUCUUUGGCGGGCAGAUCGCGUACGCCGGCGAGAUCAUGCACGGCAAGGUCUCCCAGAUCCGGCACGACGGCCGCGGCGUGUUCGCGGGCCUGCCGCAGCUCAUCAACACGUCCUCGCUCCCGCCGACGCUCGCGGUGACCGCGACGACGCAGGAGAGCGGCGUGAUCAUGGGCGUGCGCCACCGCGAGUACACGAUGGAGGCCGUGCAGUACCACCCGGAGAGCAUCCUGUCGGAGGGCGGCGACGCGCUGCUGCGCAACUUCCUGCGCCUGCGCGGCGGGUCGUGGGCGGAGAACUCGGCGUUUGGGGUCACGUCGGCCUCGGCUGCGGCCGCGGCCGUCGGGGCGGGGGCCGCGAGCGCGAAGGUGCCGACGAUCCUGGAGAAGAUCUACGCGCAGCGGAUGCGCGACGUGGAGGCGGCGAAGCUCGUGCCGGGGACGACGGCCGCGGACCUGCAGACGCUGCUCGACCUGUCGCUCGCGCCGCCGCUGACGUCGUUCGUCGACGCGCUCACGGCGGGGCCGGGCGCACCCGCGCUCAUGGCGGAGAUCAAGCGGGCGUCGCCGUCCAAGGGCGCGAUCGCACUGGGCACGAACGCGGCGCAGCAGGCGCUGACAUACGCGCUGGCGGGCGCACGCGUGAUCUCGGUGCUCACGGAGCCGACGUGGUUCAAGGGCACGCUGGCGGACAUGCGGGCGGCGCGCGAGGCGGUGGACGCGCUGCCGCGGCGGCCGGCGAUCCUGCGCAAGGACUUCAUCUUCGACGAGUACCAGGUGCUGGAGGCGCGCGUGCACGGCGCGGACACGGUGCUGCUGAUCGUCGCGAUGCUUGCGCCGGCGCGGCUCGGCGCGCUGCACGCGUACGCGCGGGGGCUGGGGAUGGAGCCGCUCGUGGAGGUGAACAACGCGGCGGAGAUGGAGGCGGCGCUGGCGCUCGGGGCGCGGGUCGUCGGCGUGAACAACCGCAACCUGCACGACUUUGCGGUGGACAUGGGCACGACGAGCCGGCUCGCGGAAAUGGUGCGAGCGCGCGGGGUGGUGCUAUGCGCGCUGAGCGGGAUCACGGGGCCCGCGGACGUGCGGACGUACGUCGCGCAGGGCGUCGGCGCAGUGCUGGUCGGCGAGGCGCUCAUGCGCGCGCCGGACACGCGCGCGUUCAUCCGCGAGCUGCUCGACUGGCCCGCGCAGGAGGAGGAAAACACCAAGACGCCACCGCCGGCGCUCGUCAAGAUCUGCGGGAUCCGCACCGAGGACGAGGCGCUCCAAGCGAUGGACGCGGGCGCGGACAUGCUCGGGCUCAUGUUUGUCCCGCGCAGCCGGCGGCACAUCUCGCUCGCGCAAGCGCAGAAGAUCUCGAUGGCCGUGCACGCGUCGCGGUUCGCGCGGCCGGUGCGCGAGCCCGCGGCGGCGGAGGAGGGCGCAGAGGCAGAGCUCGGGACGCGCCCGUGGUUUGCCGCGCACGCACACGCACUGGGCGCCCCGGACUCGCACGCGCGCCCGCUGCUCGUCGGCGUGUUCCAGGACCAGCCGCUCGCGGCGGUGCUGCGCGCGGUGGAGGUCGCGCAGCUGGACAUGGUGCAGCUGCACGGGCGCGAGCCGGCGGAGUGGGCGCGGCACGUGCCGGUGCCGGUCGUGCGCGUGUUCCACGUCGGCGCGGACGCGAGCGUGGACGACGCGGCGCUGCGCGACCUGACGCGGCCCGGGCUGAACCAGUACGUGCUGCUGGACGCGGUGCGCCCCGGGAACAAGGACGGGCUGAGCGGGGGCGCGGGCGUGGCGGUGGACUGGGGGCUUGCGAGGGCUGUGGUGGAGCGGGGGGAGGUGCCGGGCGUGGCUGCGGGCGCGCACCCGAUGCCGAUCAUCCUUGCGGGGGGGCUGACUCCGGAGAACGUGCGAGAGGCGGUGGAGGCGGUGCGUCCGUGGGCUGUGGACGUGAGCGGGGGGGUGGAGACGGCGGAUGGGAGCGGGAAAGAUGCGAGGAAGGUCAGGGCGUUCGUGGAGGCUGUGAAAGGAGACAGACAGACCUAGACUAGGGUGGCUGCUGGAGAAUCGAAGGCGAUGGUUGUAUAUAUGAUGUAGACGUUUCUACUGGUCAUUGCUAUCUGGACGCCGUAUACU